AUGCUGCGACCAGAAGUUGUAGAACAACUAGAGUGCCCUUCCUUUGGAUUGGCAACAUCCUGGACGAUAUCACGUCGAAAUGUGCCCUUCGAUAAUUUGGAAGCGGCAAGAACGCUGUUCGAGCGGAAAUACUGGCCAUUUCGUAAACUGAAGGUGAGGAAAAACGACACCAGGGCAGCAAGUCUCCGCGAGCAAGCUAAUGCCGUGUACAAGAAGACACCCAAUGUCCCGGCAAAAGCGUUGCGGCUGUACAAUCUUAGUAUCUGCGCGGCCAAGCAGGGAUCCAAAGAUUUGGGAUUAGGAUACGCGAACCGUUCGGCAGUAUACUUCAACAGCAAAUUGUAUCGCGAGUGCUUGCAAAACAUCGAACUUGCUCGGAGUAAUAACUAUCCGGCAGAUAUGAUGCCUAAGCUGUUACAACGCGAAGAGCGCUGCAAGUUACUGAUGGAAGCAGCCGGUGAAAGCCCUACGGAACACAGCACUUCGAGUCACUGUGCGAUUAAAGCCUGUCUAGAACUGGGAAAGGAUGGAAAAGGAAUUUGUACUAACCGAAGUUUGGAUGAGGGAGAAAAGAUACUGCUGGAACAACCGUUCGUACUUGUGCUUGAGCCAGUACUCGCGUUUGAGCGGUGUGAUUACUGUGGUGCGUCCAACGAACAUAACCUGAUACCGUGCAAAGGUUGUACUGCCGUGAUGUACUGUAGCGAAGAAUGCCAGGAACAGUCGCUCCAACGCUACCAUCAGUUCGAAUGCGAAAUUGUAGAUGAUCUGUUGCUGCUCUUUCGUGGCCCAAAGGCGACUCGAAUGUUUCACGUGACUUUGCGAUUGUUUUGGCACGCCGUGUUACUUUUCCUGGAAGACCCGGACGGAUUUCUAAAGCGUAUCGAAACACCAACGGAGCUGCAAAAGUAUCAGGAUCCGUUCACGUUGGAGCCGUCCGAUUACAUACUGCAUCUGAAUGCUACCUGCCCUGAAGAACCGAUGAAUGAUGAAAAUGGGCGAACGAGAAAGUGCAUAAUGCAAAUUCUGACCAUACUCAUGUGGGUUAUAGCGGUUGAAGAGAAUGCUUCACUUUGGUCCCGACUAGCAGGGAAAGGGGGUAAAAAGAAGCUGUUGAAUUUGCUUUUCCGGUUAGUUAUCCGUACAACGCAAUUGAUGGAUGACAAGAUGGACAACGCGACAUGUUUCUACCCUUUCAUACGCUUGCUGCAACAUUCCGACAGUCCGAACGCGGAACAAUUAAUGAUUCAGGAUUUUCAGUCAGUAGUCGUGCUGAAAUGUCCAGUCGCUGAAGGGCAGAAAAUAACCAUCGCGAAGGUAUUAAUCCGUUAG